GGCGGGCGGGGAAGAUGGCGGAGCCGGGCAGCUUGGAGGCGGCGGCGGAGCACGAGCGGAUCCUGCGGGAGAUCGAGAGCACGGACACGGCCUGCAUCGGCCCCACGCUCCGGUCGGUUUACGAUGGCGAAGAGCAUGGCCGUUUCAUGGAAAAACUGGAAGCCCGAAUCCGAAACCAUGACAGGGAGAUCGAGAAAAUGUGCAACUUCCAUUACCAGGGCUUUGUGGACUCUAUCACGGAGCUGCUGAAAGUUAGGGGUGAAGCUCAGAAGCUGAAGAAUCAAGUGACAGACACAAAUAGAAAACUGCAGAAUGAAGGGAAAGAAUUGAUAAUAGCAAUGGAAGAACUGAAACAAUGUCGACUACAACAGAGAAAUAUUUCCACUACAGUUGAUAAACUAAUGCUGUGUCUUCCUGUUCUGGAGAUGUACAGCAAACUGAGAGAGCAGAUGAAAUCUAAAAGACAUUACCCUGCACUGAAGACACUAGAGCACCUUGAGCACACGUAUCUGCCGCAGGUGAGCCACUACCGCUUCUGCAAGAUCAUGGUGGAUAACAUUCCGAAACUGCGUGAAGAAAUCAAAGAAGUUUCCAUGUCAGACCUCAAAGACUUCCUGGAGAGUAUCCGCAAGCACUCGGACAAGAUUGGUGAGACAGCAAUGAAACAGGCUCAGCAGCAAAGAAACCUGGAUAACAUUGUGUCUCAGCAUCCCAGGAUAGGCGGUGGAAAGAAAUCCAAGAAAGAAGUCUGUGCAGGCUCAGAUUUGGAGGUAAAAAACACUAGCCCCAUGUCUGAGCAGGAUUCGGGUAUCCUGGAUGUUGAAGAUGAGGAGGAGGAUGAAGAGGUGCCUGGUGCUCAGGACUUGGUGGACUUCUCCCCCGUGCACCGAUGCUUGCACAUAUAUUCUGUACUGGGUGCCCGAGAAACCUUCGAGAACUAUUACAGGAAACAGAGAAGAAAACAGGCCAGAUUGGUGCUGCAGCCCCCUUCAAACAUGCAUGAAACAUUAGACGGCUACAGGAAGUAUUUUAAUCAAAUUGUAGGUUUUUUUGUAGUUGAAGAUCACAUCUUGCAUACAACCCAGGGCUUGGUAAACAGAGCCUACAUUGAUGAGCUGUGGGAAAUGGCUUUGUCAAAAACCAUCGCAGCCCUAAGAACACAUUCGUCGUACUGUUCUGACCCGAACCUGGUUUUAGACUUGAAGAACCUCAUAGUGCUGUUUGCAGACACGCUCCAGGGAUAUGGCUUCCCCGUAAACCAGCUAUUUGACAUGCUGUUGGAAAUCAGAGACCAAUACAGUGAGACCCUCCUUAAGAAAUGGUCAGGAGUUUUCAGAAAUAUACUUGAUUCGGAUAACUACAGUCCUAUACCAGUAGCUAAUGAAGAAAUUUAUAAGAAGAUUGUAGGGCAAUUCCCCUUCCAGGAUGCAGAACUUGAAAAGCAACCAUUUCCAAAGAAGUUCCCCUUUUCCGAGUUUGUGCCUAAAGUUUACAGUCAGAUUAAGGAAUUCAUCUACGCCUGUCUGAAGUUCUCUGAAGACCUUCAUCUGAGAUCACAGCAGAGGGCAGGGGGCAGCUUCCUCCUUAGGCUCCUUCUUCCUCUUCAGGACCUUCCCUCCUCACGCUCCACCGAGGUUGAUGACAUGAUUAGAAAAUCCACCAACUUGCUCCUGACUCGAACACUCAGCAACUGUUUACAAACUGUUAUUAAGAGGAGAAACAUAGGGCUGACGGAGCUUGUGCAAAUUAUCAUUAAUACAACCCAUUUGGAGAAGUCCUGCCGGUUCCUAGAGGAAUUCAUAACCAAUAUAACCAAUGUACUCCCAGAGACGGUCCACACAACCAAACUGUAUGGGACCACCACAUUCAAAGAUGCCCGCCAUGCUGCAGAGGAAGAGAUCUACACCAAUCUGAACCAGAAGAUCGACCAAUUCUUGCAGCUGGCGGAUUAUGAUUGGAUGGCAGCAGAACCGGGCAGCAGAGCCAGCGAUUACCUUGUAGAUCUGAUUGCCUUCCUGCGCAGCACCUUUGCCGUGUUCACACACCUCCCUGGGGAUGUAGAUGCCCAUUCUACAAUGUCGGGUAAGGUGGCUCAGACUGCAUGUAUGUCGGCCUGCAAACACUUAUCCACUUCGCUGAUGCAGCUGCUGCUGGAAGUUGAAGUGAGGCAGCUGACCCUGGGGGCCUUGCAGCAGUUCAACCUGGAUGUGGAAGAGUGUGAACAGUUUGCCAGAUCCGGGCCAGUGCCUGGGUUCCAAGGGGACACGCUGCAGUUGGCCUUCAUCGACUUGAGACAACUUUUGGAUCUGUUCCUCCACUGGGACUGGUCGACAUACCUGGCUGACUACGGGCAACCCACCUGCAAGUAUCUUCGUGUGAACCCAACAACAGCCCUGACCCUCUUGGAAAAGAUGAAAGACACCAGCCGCAAGAACAACGUCUUUGCCCAGUUCCGGAAGAACGAGAGGGACAAGCAGAAGCUGAUAGACACUGUGGCUAAACAGCUCCGGAGUCUGAUCAAUAGCCACCAUUUGUGAGAGCCAGCGGCUCGGGAUGAAACUCUGGGGUCUCCAGAACGUGCCAAUCUCUGCACUGCGGCCACCAGGCGCCAGGACUUUGGGAUUCAUGUUCCAAGAGAAUAUAUGUAUUUUUUUAUUCACAUGUAUAGUAUUCAAAAAACCUACCCUUCUGAAGAUAGAAAAAUAAUUGUUUGACAAAAAAAUAAUCAAGGGAUCGCAUCACAGCAUGGGUUUCACGGCUGCAGCAAAAGUGAUGCCAGCAGGUGCCACUGUCAGCUCCUACGUUCAGGGGUUUCUCCCUUGACCCUAAAGACUAAAGCUGAAGGUAAAUGUUCACUCCAAGAUGAAUUUUUUUACUAACCAAAUUCACAGAAUCAGUUUGACAUUAAGUUAUUUAAGAGCAGGAAAGGAAAACAAAAAAAAGGAAUAUAAGGAGUGUUGUAGUUUCGGAGGCUAUUCAUGCUCUUCAGUCAUUCUGCUAGGCAUGCACGAGUGCAGCUUGUACGUUGGGUGUCUUUAGGGGAAAAGGGCAAACAGAGGCAAAGCCGUUCCCUUUUAUUGUGUUCCUGCGUGCGCUCACGUCGGGCCGCGUUGGCAGACUCCCUGCGGGUAGGUGGCCAGAGAAACGCACACAACACAUCUGUCACGGCUGGCGGUGGGUCUCUCGGAAGGGACAGACAUUGUCAUCGGGGUAACUCUUGGGCUGCUGCUGUUUUUGACGAUGAUACUCAGCCCAGAGCGACUCGAGUGCCCCGCCAUCGUCAACUGGAAUUGGAGACGGCCUCAAAACAUGCCUACUAGGAUGUCCAGUCCUCGUGGAGCCGUUUUUGCAAUGGGAAGUUAUUUCACUGUGAUUCAGCAUAGUCCUGUGAUGUCGGCAGCAGUGGGUAGGGGGGAAAACCCAGUCAAAUGCAUUGCACAGAUGAAGUGGGACAUCGCAGCGUGAUUUUUUUGUUUUUUUGUUUUUUGGGUUUCUCCUCUCAGCUGGUCUCUGCUCUCCACCCAGUCUGCACGCCUGGAGGGAUGCAAUGAGAUCCUAAUGACUCGAGUCUGUUUGCUAAGUGCUUCUCCAGCCCGAUCCACGGAGCGCGGGAGCGCUGCUGCUAGCCUAACUCUGUCCACGACCGAGAGGAGACCUGAACAGACUCUUGUGGACUCACUGGAGCCACGUGCAGCUCUCAAGCAACCCACUGGAUCAACAAUUCACUGGGUAAAAAGUGCCUAAGAGCAAAACUCUCCUCUGUUGUCCGUAGCAAGAAUCAGUUCCAUAUACACCCUCCUGCGCCAGGGAAGCCAGUUGGCGUGCUAUGUACAGAGAGAUUUACUCAGCCUGAUAAAGAAGAGACUUUUGCCCUUGCCUUGUAUUUACCCUCUUAACUGUAACUACUCUAGGGGUAGCAUUUCUAAGGGCUCCCCCUUUCCUAUCAAGUCCAGAUGCAAACUAUUCUAGCGCUAGCGAGUCAUUUUUUUUCUAUAAAAGCAGGCAUGCCAAGCUCCACGUUCAUCUACAGCUAAUAGAAAGGGAACCGAUAAGGUCUUGAAUAUACACAUAUCCACAUCAGUAGUGCUGCUUCAACACAUAAGCAAGCUUAGCACUUUUUUUUUUGGCAUCUAUGUAAAUGUGUUGGGAUUUAUUUGUUUAGUUUUUAACUUGUACGACUGUUGUAUUUUGGAAGCCAAAGCUCCUUUUCUGACCUGAGAGAGAGAUUUCCUUUUGCUGCCUUUUCCUCAGAAGUCUUGUGCUGAUGGCACUAGUUCACGUCCCAUUUCAUCCACAUGCUCAUUAGUCCCUGAUGGGUGUCUGGGUGGCCGGUUCUCCAGGCCCAUGUUCAAGCCCACUUUAUUUCCACCGUGCACAUCGGUGGACUGAUGUCUUUGCAUUUCCUUGCUACCGUGUGCCACGUCUUUUACACACCGGUUGCACAAGGUGCGCGAUUUUGCAUACAUCUAUAGCAAUGGUAAUUUCUUCCCCUCCCCAAUAUUCUCAGCAAUGCACACUUUCCCAAGGGCACCUAUUACUUUUCCAAAGGCUAAUAGCCAGGGUUGUAAGCAAUAAACUUCUAGCACUGCCUCCCUGUCCUGGCUACAUCCAGGUGAUGGGACAAGUAGGUAGUGGAGGAAUGGGCACCCGGCAAGUGUCUGAUGCAGAUGGGAAGGGAGCAGUGGUCACAUGAGCUGACGGGACCUAAAAACCAAAGAAGCAAAAGCUUUCCUCGAAGCAGGAGCAGAAGAGCGGGAGCUGGCUUGGCUCUGUUCACACCCGAUGCUGCCUCCAGCAUGACAGCUUCAUCAUCGUCCGCCCAAUCACCAGCCGUGCACUUUCCCCAAUUCAGGAGGCGGCAUCCUUUUGUCCCCGCUUUUGCAGAGCUGUGUCCCGCGACUACCAGGUUUGAGUCCACUCGAUACCUAAAGGCCGCAAAGAGUAACAGGCACUUUAAAAUACUGCAGAAUCGAACUGCUGCAGCUGCUGGCAAGAAUAUAAUUGAGCAUCAGCAGGCAUGACAAAGAAGGUGCUCUGGCAUUUCCAGUUUUUAUUAGUGGGAGGGUAAGCUGUCAAACACAAUUUUUAAUCGCAUUUGUCAGCCUCUGACUUCGCUGCCGGGUAGGGUGGCGGCUUUGCAGCGCUUAUUAUUUUCCUCCACCCCUUGAGAGAGGAUGGGAAGGAGGAAGGGGGGGCAGCGGGAAACACCCUCCGAGGUGUCGGGCACCUUUGCAUCGGCUCAGCCUGGACGAUGGGGAAGGGUUAUCGUGCGGCAGGAGGGGUGAGCAGUGAAAAGGCAGCCAGCUCUUAAGCUCCUGCUGCAGGCUUUAGACUUGAGAGUUUGCUCCCAAGAGUCAUCUCCACUUUUUUUCAUUGGGAAAAGGUCUGCGACAGUUUAUUUAUUCAUUUUAUUUAGAAAGAAAACACAUCGUUAGCAGAGUCAGGGACCCUCCGUGCCCCGAAUCCAGGCUCUCUGUCCCGUCUCCAACAAGCUCAAUUUAAAGAGGAACGAAAUGGGAUUGCCAGGCUUGCACGGGAUUGAUUUCCUCUCUCUCCGCAAGCUCUGCUCAGAGAGGCCACGCAACAUGCCUGGACCAGGAUCAUGUGAACCAUCUCUGGCUCUUGCCUUCAGGACUUUCAAUGGGGAAACGCAGCCCCCGCCAAGUCGGAGAUUCAGCGAGGCUCCGAUUUCGGGAGGUCACCCACCUAACCGCAAGUCGCAUAACAGGGAUGAAAAAUGGAAUUUCGGUGCUCUGUUCCCAAUUAACUUUCUGUUCCAAGAGAUGCAGCCCCGUCCCUUCAAAAUAAAAUUAAUCUUUUAAACAGAUUGCUUAAAAAGCCCUGGAAGACAUGUCAAAUCCCCUCUAACGCUCUUACUAAUGAUUUGUAUCCUCUGAUACGGAUGGUAUUGCUUAGGAGGGAAAGAUUGUUCUAGCCGCGCGAUAAAGAAGCGGGGGUGGCACCCUUCACUGUAAUUAAUAAACCCCGAGCCACUUUAAACAAAUGAUGCUGCUAUUAACCCACCCACAUACAUAGCUGAACUUCACGUAGUUUUACGACAGUUUGAGCUAGAGUCGUUGUCCGCCUUUCCCCCCGCCCCAGUGUCUUAGCAUCCGUGAAAGAUGGCUCCCCUUGUUUAGAAGUGCCCAGGUAUCUCCUGUUGUAACCUUUAGGCGGCUGUGUAAAUUAAACCGGCGACAGCCUCCCCGUUGGGGAUGGUCUCUGUAGUCUUUAAUGCACUAACUUAGCAGGCAGAAUUAGACUUCAGCACGUGUGCGUCUUCGCUCCGGUGCUGGAGCUCCCGUCGGAAGCUCUUCGCGAUUUUGCACUUUGUUUUAAAUGCAGCCACGGUUUCUGUGCUGGGCACGUUGUUUGAUGUCCUGUUGGGUUUUUUGGGGGUUUCUUUGCUUUUUUUUUUUAAAUUGGGCUUCAACGUCACUUUUUGUCAUGGCUCGGAUGUUCCCGUGCCGUUCGGAAAUGGUUUGCGGGGUGCCGAUGGUCUCGGAGCAUUGCAAAUGCCACUGGGGACGGCCGUGCGGGAGGAGAAUACAUCGCCGUAUCAGGCCUCUGUUAGCUGGGACCGGUCACCUUGGCCUCUUUUGGAUCGCUCCCUUGAAAUGUGCUGUCACCAGCGGAAACCAAGAAGAACAAGACUUCCUGCUCCACGGCACAGCCGUCCUUGGCGUGGCGGGACUUCUCCCAGCAUCAGGUGCAAUUGCAGAGGAGGUGGGCAAGCGGCAGUGCACGUGCAGCGGCGGGGGCGUAUUUCAGCUCUCCCAGUGGAAACCGUGCUGAUCAAAGGCUUUAUCUCCUUUUCCUAAGUAGUAAAAGGUUCUGCUGCGUUAUCUCCAUCCCUCCUCCCCUCUCCCUAUCACUUGUCUUACCCGGGGGCUUCCCUUUUUUAUUCACGAUCUAGGUUUUUUUGGAAGUGGUUCUUUAUAAUAGGUGGAACUUGCAAAGAGAUGACACUGCAGAGCUCGUUUGUCCCGCACGGUGGGCUCGGUCCGGUUAAUUAGAUGCACACCUGAUCAAAGAGAAACCUCCUGCAAGGCCUCUCUUGUCACCUGGUUUCUUGUGCACCCCCGAGCAGUUGGAGAGCAAAUUGAGUUUUAUCCCAGCUCUUGCAAGGCAAAGCGCUGGUUUGAUAUCAAACCCUCUCGCUGAAUAUCUGAUGAAUAGGUCCGUGACGGGGAGAGGCCCUCGAUGCUGUGAGCCGCGAAGGAUUUUUCAUGGGUUUGGUUCUUAAUCAGAUUAAAUCUGAGCUGGUUUAACGUGGGCGAUGAAGUCAAGAAACACGAGGCGAAGGGGUGAAGCUGGUUGGAGUAGGGUUCACCUGCAGAAGACGCUUGCUGUUGUUUCCUGUGCGUUUCCAUCCCUUUUCCACCCCCAACUUCCAAAGCCCCGCUUACAAAUGCCGUCUUGGAAACACGGCAAUGAAGAUCCAGGCUAGCAAGCACGAUGCUCGUCAGGGCCCUUCGCUCAGCACAGACAAGGACGCGUUGUGAGGAGGACAAUGGCAGCUAGCCAUGGUUUAGACCCGGUUCCUGGCUGGGCUCAAUCAUAAGGAGCUCCAUCGGUUUGAUUCUCCGAGCCCUGCGUGGCUCUUGGAGAGAUGGGAAGGGGCUUUAGUGUAGACACAGACCCGCAUACCUCCAAACCUGCACUCCAGUUCCUCUGGACUUAAAGGGACUUACAGGGACGGCAGGGCAAACCCUUCGCUCCAGAUACUUCCGUGUUUGCCAACAUAGUGCUUCUACUUUAAUCGGGAAGGGCGUCUGCACUGAAUUGCUUUCUCUUUGCUUGUCCUGAUUUGACCUCCCCCCCACCACCAUACACACGUGCCCACUCCCACCGGUGUCCAUCGGCUGCUUGUAUUUUAUUGGGGAGGGAGGGGAUCCUUCGUGAACUAAUGUGGUGAAAACCGCUUUUUUUCUUUCUCUUUUUUUUUUUUUGCACAAGUCAUUGCACAGUAACGGGACUAUUUAGUAAAUUAGGUUUAACUUUUUAAAGGGAACAUUAUUAUUAUUAUUAUUUUUUCUUUAAAACACACUAGCGGAGCUACUGAUUCAAAACGGACUGCAUGGUUUACAGAUAAAAUUGCAUUAGAAAUUUAGCAUGUUGAUUUUUUGACUGUACAUCUAUCCUAUUGUAACUUCUAUUAAAACAAUACAUCGCAUA